GUUUAUUAGCGCCUUGUGAAAUUUGUGGCAUAUACUCUCCAAUUAUUCCAUAUUUCACUCAUAGUGUAAAAGAAUAUCCACUACCCCCUUCCAUGGUGUCUCUCUUUAAAAACUCCACACUUGUCUGCUUUCUCAUCUCAGCUAAUCAAAUUCAAAUAUAUUUAACAAAUCAUUAUCCAAAAAACUCACCAUGACCGCCUCUUCUCUCUUUAUAAAUCCUAGUAUUAUCUCUUCUUCUUCCUCUUCAUCUACUACUUCUUUUGUUUCAGUAGCCACAAGUUUUCAUGAAUUCUCUUACUUUUGUACUUCAAGAACAAACCCCAUUAGCUUAAUAUGUACACAAGUUAAUUUUUUGCAGCAAGAAAGGCCCACAAUUAGUGGGAAAUUCAAGAAAAGACCCUUAAUUGCAGCUACCAAAAUGGGAGAUAAAGAGUAUAGAGAAGAAGAAGAAGAGGGUCCUUCUCUUUUGGUUGAAUCUGAAGUAACUUCAAAGCCUAGACGUAUUGCUAUCUUUGUUGAACCUUCUCCUUUUUCGUAUGUAUCCGGCUAUAAGAACCGGUUCCAGAAUUUUAUAAGAUAUCUCCGUGAAAUGGGGGACGAGGUUAUGGUUGUGACAACGCAUGAAGGAGUACCUGAAGAGUUUUAUGGAGCAAAGUUGAUUGGAUCACGAAGUUUUCCCUUGCCGUGGUACCAAAAGGUGCCGCUGUCACUCGCUCUCAGCCCAAGAAUAAUUUCAGAAGUAGCACGAUUCAAACCUGACAUCAUACAUGCAUCAUCUCCUGGUAUAAUGGUAUUUGGUGCUCUUAUCAUUGCAAAACUGUUAUGUGUGCCGAUAGUGAUGUCUUAUCACACGCAUGUGCCUGUGUACAUACCUAGAUAUACCUUUAGUUGGUUGGUGCAACCUAUGUGGAUGGUUAUAAAGUUUCUACAUAGAGCUGCUGAUCUUACACUGGUGCCAUCUGCUGCUAUUGCGAAGGAUCUGAAAGCUUAUCGGGUAACAGCAGCUAACAAAAUACGGCUGUGGAAUAAGGGUGUUGAUUCUGAGAGCUUUCACCCCCGGUAUCGAUCUCAUGAAAUGCGACUAAGACUGAGCAACGGGGAACCUGAUAAACCAUUGAUAGUCCAUGUUGGACGACUUGGAGUCGAGAAGAAUUUGGAUUUCCUCAAAAGGUUAAUGGAUAGACUUCCAGAAGCUCGCAUAGCUUUUAUUGGAGAUGGGCCAUAUAGGGAGGAGUUGGAGAAAAUGUUCUCUGGCAUGCCUGUAGUGUUCACAGGUAUGUUACUAGGGGAGGAGCUUUCUCAGGCAUAUGCCAGUGGAGAUAUUUUCGUUAUGCCGUCAGAGUCUGAGACACUUGGAUUCGUCGUUUUGGAGGCCAUGUCAUCAGGACUUCCUGUUUUGGCUGCCCGUGCUGGAGGAAUUCCAGAUAUAAUUCCUGAUGAUCAGCAGGGAAAAACUGGAUAUCUGUUUAAUCCUGGGGAUCUUGACGACUGCUUGAGCAAACUGGAGCCACUAUUGCACGAUGCUGAAUUGAGAGAAACUAUUGGCCGGGCUGCACGUGCAGAAAUGGAGAAGUAUGAUUGGAAGGCUGCCACAAGAAAAAUUCGUAAUGAGCAGUAUAAUGCAGCCAUUUGGUUCUGGAGGAAGAAGAGAGCACAGUUGGCGAGACCAUUUCAAUGGUUGUUCAAGCGUAGGCUCCAGGCAUCAGAAGUACUGUAGGUGAUGUAUUUCUCAGAUUUAUUUGUAAUAGUAUAGUUUUUAUGCUUAGGAAGGUGCUUAAUUCUCUCAUUGCUUACAUGAUGUAAAAUAUUGGCCAGCAAAUAUAGUCUCCUGCUGCAGUUGUCAUGUCUUUGCAAAUAUUGACCUGAAAAGCCCUUGCAUGCGUCAUAUAAAUGAUAAAGAAACUAUUGUAUGCUA